GAGGACGGAGCCUCCGACGUUACAGAGAGCACUCUACCUGCGAUUCAAAACAUCGUCUCGUCGGUCGGAGACUUGAUUCAACAAAUGCAGAAUUCGGACGACGUUCGCAACCUGCCGAUCGACAUCGCUUUCGCCCGUCUUGGUGAAUGGUUGGUUGAUCGGAAGAGAAUACCAUCCGAUUGGAGAAAACGUUUGGCAGUGGUCAGAGCCAAGAUUUCUACGGCCUUUCAGUCUCUUCCUAAGGACGUCGAUCCUUUCUUCCAAACCCUAGACCUAGAUGGGAUUGGAUACUUGGAAGCUAGGAAAAUAUACGAUAUUCUUCUGAAAUCAACUCCAGAAAGCCGCAAUAUUUUUGGACGGCUUUCAGGUGCUGCUGGUGCUUGGGAAGCAAUUGUACGUGCUUUUGAGAAGGAUUAUAUCUACCUUGGUGAGGCUGCUCAGGUUAUGGUCCAAAAUGUAAAUUAUGAAAUCCCCUAUCAGAAAAAGCUGGUCCAAAGGACCCAACAACAGCUUGCUGAGCUAGAGCGUAAGGAAGCUGAGAUAAAAAGAAAUGCAGCUUCAUCCGCUGCUAAGUAUGCAGACGCCUGUCAGGAAUUAGGACUGCAGGGAAUCAAUGUGAAGCUGGAAUUAUUAGAAACUGCAACAAAUUCACUGCCUGGCACAUUUAGCAAAAUGCUCGAAGUUUUGAAAUGUGAUUCUGUUUCACGGGCAAUUGAAUUCUAUUCUAAUUUUGUUAAAGAUGCUCACACGGAGAAGGAUAAAAUUCCAGAGACUGUAUUGCUAAAUUUAAGGGACAUCAUUAAUAACCCUCCUUCUCUUGAAGUUUCCGUGGCUUCCGAAGUGCUUGCUUCUGUUAAUGCUCAAACAAGUCUUAGUGAACCAACACAGAUGACUGUUGAUGCUGAUCCUGUAGCUUAUAGUAUUGACUGGGAUAUUACUUUGGAUAGCUCUCAGAUCGAUUGGGAUAUUGGCACUGUGGAAGAUACUGGUAAUGGAUUGGGUCCCUAUGAAAUUGUGGAUGCCAGUGAAAUUCCACAAAGUUCUGACGGCAUAGAAUCUGAUGAGACUAUUAGUGAAAACGUAGUCUCAGAAAUCUCUUGGGAUAUCAGUGUUGAAAAUACUCAAGUUGAAUCGACUCAAAAUAGUGCCUCGACAGACAUAUUGCCAGGCGAACAUGCAUCAGGGAUAAAUGUUCUAAAAGGAAGUCAAGGAACCAGCCAAGUCAGGAGUCGGCUUCUGGAUACGGAGUACAGGAGUAGGAUUCUCGAUGAUCUGUUUGAGAUUAAAGCAUUUCUGAAUCAAAGAAUCAUGGAGUUGACAAAUACAGAGACGUUGUCCUUGCAACAUCAAGUUCAAGCAAUGGCUCCAUUUGUGAUGCAGCAGUUCACUUCUGAUGCUAUCCAAUCAAUGUUAUCUGAUGUCUCUUCGGCCAUUUCCUUGCUCACAAAUAGGAAAACAAGGGACCUCAUUAUGAUUCUCAACUCUAAAAGAUUUCUGGAAAGAUUAGUGAGUACACUGGAAGAAAAGAAGCAUCAUGAGGCGAAGCUGAAAGAGGGGUUAAACGAUUUGGCAAUUAAACGCAUGGAGCUGCAAAACUCACUAUCCUCAGUCUGGCCUAAGCAAGAAGCAGCAGUUGCAAAAACCAGAGAGUUGAAGAAGCUUUGUGAAAGCAUGCUUUCAUCCAUGUUUGACGGAAGGCCUGUAAAGAUCAUCGGAGAGAUCAACAACAUGUUGAGCAAUGCCGGUGCCUGAAAUAGCGACAGCAAUUUAGUCGGAAUUAGUUGUUACGACUUGAGCACAGUUGGUUUCUAAAAUCUAGUCCUUACAAACAUUUGUUUACUGAAACUCAUGAUGAAUGGUCACAUGUUUUAUGUUUAUCAGUGUAGCAUGUGCCUCUCUGCUCUUUACGGUAGAGAUAAGGUCUGCAUGCAUCUUCCUGACACUACGCGAUGGUGGAAUUAAUAAUAUUAAGAGUAAAGUACACUUUUGGUCACU